UAAAUCCACAUGUUCUUGGACUUCCCGAUAUUCUAAAUGUCAGACGUUAUGUUCUCAUCACUUGAAAUGUUGACCUUCCAGUUUAUUUGCUUUAUUUUCAAUCCAAGUUAUUUCAGGAGUAAUGGCACUCUUUAUAUUAGGCAUCUGCUUAAUCGUUGUGCAAAAGGCAGCGUUUGUGCUCCAAUAACAUAGAAACACACCACGCCAAACUGCGAAAUUCUUACCAAAAGGCCAUUUUGCAUAGCGUUUGGCGGGCCUACCUCCAUGGUAAAUAGUGUCAAGCAUUUGUUCCCUCGGCACUUCUUAUCCAAAUCUCAGCCUCAUCCUCAAGAGUGUGGUCAAUGAAGCAAUGGAAAACACGACAUGGGAGCAGAGACUUCAAGCCCUAACCCAUCUUCUAACCAGCCCCACAACCACACCACCUCUCUACUCUCAGUUUUUCAUCUCUACACAAAUCCCAUGCUAUCUCAAAUGGGACUAUCCACCCAUCCUCUGCACCAAAGACACCAAGACUUUCCCUUCUCUCCUUCUAAGAUGGGGAUUCUCUCUCUUUCUCAGAAGAGCCUCCAGAUUAGGAUGUCCUGAAACUUCUUGGAGGUCCAAGUGCCCAUACCAACAGCCUCCACCAUUAAUUCUUGCAAAGGGAUUAGAGGAAGCACAGUGGGGCGAUGAACAAAGAAGAGAGUAUGUUAGAAAGAGGCUUAGAAGGAAAAAACUUGUUAGUAACGUUAACCCUUUCAUUCCUAUUUUAGUUCCCAAUCUUUUACUGUUUUCACUUAUGCUGUGGAACCCAUUUCCUGAUCUUGAUUCUUGAGAUAUGUCUUGCGGGAUUGUAGCACGCAUGUGCAAGCCAUCUUUCACUAAUUUCGGCAUUAAUUUUGAAUUUGUUAUCAUUUUGACUUUGGGUACUUGAAUUCCGAUUGUUUCUUCUAUUCCUUUCCGUUCAUUGUGACCUGCAUACGUAUCUUAUAAGUUGGAAUGCCCUGGCAAUUGGAAGGACCAGAAGUUGUGGUAUCCAUCGAUUGCAUCCACUAAAAGAUGAUGGAGAAGCAUCAAAUGUGAGCAAGAAAUACUGAGACCACUAAACUGUACCCACAAAAGUCAAACAAAUUGGACAAUUAUGAAGGCCCAAAGAGGCUACAACGUUUUUUUUUCGUACAUUGCUUGAAGCUAGGUCACACAGUAAACGGUACCCUAAGCCUAAUGGGAUGAGUUUAUUGCUGGAUUUAUUAUAGUAUUGUAGAUUUGUUUAUAAUUAUAA